ACUCCCUAUAAAUUCCACCUACACCCAAACUUCCUUUCUCUCAUUCCUGCAGUAAAAGAAAAAGAUAAUUAAGCUUUUUCUAUCUCUUUCUCUCUUGUCACUCUCUCUUUUUUCUUCUCCUUGCAGACCAGUCUUGGAUUUUCAUAUAAUUUUCUUUCUUUUUCUAAUCAACUGACUUGGGUCUCUGACGAUCUGCAACUCUCCAAAACAAAAAUGUCACUUGAUGUUUCAUCUGAACAUGUUUGUUACGUCCACUGCAACUUCUGCAACACCAUGUUAGCGGUCAGCGUUCCAAACACCAGCUUAUGUAAUGUUGUGACGGUGAGAUGCGGGUAUUGCUCUAAUUUUCUGUCUGUGAACAUGGGAGCUUUGCUGCCGUCAGCCCCACUUCAAGAUCUCCAGUUUCAGAAUCCUGGUGUGAGCUCUGAAGAUUCCAGUAAAGAUGGUGGAUCUUCUUCCAGGGGUAACAAUGUCUCUACGCCAGACUCUGCAGAGAGUGAACAAUCUCAAAUGGUUCCUAUUCGUCCACCAGAGAAGAGGCAACGAGUUCCGUCUGCAUAUAACAAAUUUAUCAAGGAAGAGAUCCGAAGGAUAAAGGCUAAUAAUCCUGAAAUUAGCCACAGAGAAGCUUUUAGCACUGCAGCAAAAAAUUGGGCUCAUUUUCCUCAUAUUCACUUUGGGUUAACAGUUGAUGGAAACAAGCACAUAAAAAUUGAUGAAGCUUUUGGCAAUAAUGAAGGAGCUAAAAAGGCUCAAGGUUUCUAUUGAGGAAAUUAUCUUGUAGAUAGAUGCUAUUGUUUUACUAUAUCUCUACUCAACUUUGACAAUGAGGAUCAUCGGCUUCCUAAGUGGUAGGAAAGUGAAUCUCCCAUGAUUUCUAUUACUCAUAUAUAUUUGUCGUCUAAUACCAUUAAGCCAUUCUUUUUUACUUCCCCCCUCACCCCUACCUCUUUUGAUUCCUUUCUUCUUUACUCUUAUGAUGGCAUUGUGGUGAACUUUAUGUUUUUGAGUUGGAACAAUAUUGUAUUAAGAGUCAUUGCCAUGUUAA